AGGCAAUGAAGGAUUUCCUGAGCCGAGGUUAUUGCUGGUUGAAAACUUUUCCCAAUACCCCGCCAUGACGACGUGAAAUACCGUCGGCAUUGGCAAUUUUUGGAAGCCCUGACCGGGCUAACAAUUUACUAAUCUAAAAGAAGAAGGCACUUCAAUUUACUCCAACCUUCAACAAGGUUCGUCAGGGGGCUAAAUUGCAAAUGGUUUUUCUACGUAGAAUUUAUCAUUUGCAAUUAGUUAAUCGUCCCUCAGAAUUUGGAUCAUGUGUUUGAUGUUUUGAAUUUUCGGAUUGGAAAGUCAAUUGGUUUGUUCGUUUCUCUUGUGAUUUUAUUUUCUUUUGUCUUGAUUUGGUUUAUGAUUACAUUUAGUCUGUUUGUUAAUCGUCUUCAUAAUGGCCAGUGAGAAAUAUUUACCUGGUCUUUGGAAAACUGUCCUCAAUUGGCUUAGAGUUUCUGCAAAACCGAAAAGUAAAAUCAAUGAACCAAUUUUCCAAGGUGAAGAUUUGAAUGGUAACCUUUAUUUUGAGACUUUCGAUAAAUACGGACGCAGAUUACGAACUGUUGAACCUAAACACGUUGAUACAAUUGCUAUACCAAUGCUUCCUGAGAUAACCAUUUCACCAGAAUGGAUAAGAUGGUUAAGGAAAACUCGUGAAGAUCCACCGACCGAGGAAGAGAUGAUAAGAAAUGCAGCAAUUGCCUACAUCAAGAAACAACGUGCUUACGAAUUGGAAAGUGAGGAGAGGAAAAAUUGGCCUGAAUUAGAUGCUAAAUUGAAACAAUUAGAGGCCGAGAAAAACUAUAAUCCAGUGUCACUGUUUCCCACUUAUCGUGAUUUAAUGCUUACACCAGCACAAGAAUAUAUGAAUAGUAGUGGCUUUUAUAUUCCAGACAUUAAUGAGAAUCCGAAUGUUUUAUUAGAGAAACAACGAAAGGAAAUGUUAUCCUCUGGUGCUACAAAUCAAGAAGAAUCCAUGAAAGAUCCGGUUAAAUUAGAAGCAACUCAAUCCGAUAGAUCUCAAGUUAAUGGUGAAUCAAAAUCCAAAUCAAAUCAAUGAAUCAAUUGGAGACAUUUCAUCUGACCCAAGUUACAAUUUGUCAUGGAGAAACUUAAUCAAUACCAGUUUCUGUCCAAAAGAAACGGUUUAAUCAAUUGGAGACCAUUUUGAAUUUGCUCAAAAAUAUUUGUCAUCAACAAUUAUCAAAUUGUGAUGAUCAUCAACUGUCUCAACUUUCAUCAACAUCAUCAGGAUUAAGUGAUGGUCAAAUAAUAGUCUAGAGUCAUAAGCUAAUUAUAUAAAACUAUUUACCGUUGAAUCAGCAAAACAAUUUACUUUCACAAGUAAAUAAGUUAUUUCAAUGAAGACAAUUUUAUUAAUUGUCAGCAAAACAUAUUUACAAUUAUAUUUGUAAACGAAGCAAUUUAAAUGUCUAUUAAUGGUUAAAUUGUGCAAAUACAUAAAUUAAUUGCUACUACCACUAGUGAUAGACCAUUAAUUUGAUACUAUUUUCCCUUCAAUAUUAACUAAUUGUAGAUAUUAUAUUAAUUGUAAAUUGUGAAAAAUGAAUCAACGAAACCACUUUAAUUUAAACUAAUUGUCUCAUAAAAAUUUUCAACUUUCAUAA